AUGGCGUCUGGAGGGCGAGACCGCCAAUUCUCUCUUCCCACUCAUCCCAGAGUGAGCGGAGUCGACUGCGGCAGCGAGCGUGAGAGAGUUGAUGGCAUGGCUUUCAAUCAUGGAGACGGGCAAGGUGCCAUAGCUACCCCACGAACGGCGAACAACACAAAUUCCCCAGAUCCUGCAAUCUUGAAACUGGAGACGGAAAUUGAGCAGCACAUCCUAAAGCCGGCUACGCACAGCAACGCCAGGCUCCCGCUUCGGCCUGCCUUCGGAACGAAGGGCACCCCCAUCACUCUUCUGACCAACUACAUGACGCUUGCUUCUAACGGCACAGUGAUUGCCUAUCACUACGAUGUCGAUUUCGGUAGAGACUUGAAGACGAAUCGACCAAUACAGGGUAGAGAAAGGGCCCGCUUCAUCCAGCUGCUAGUAGCAGAGCACUUCCUCCAGCACAGUCCUGGAAUCGUCUCGAACUUCAAGUCAACCGUCAUCAGCAACAAACCUCUCAACAUUGAUCAGCAAGGCUACUUAGUUGCUUUCCGGACCGAAGAAGAAGAUGCACCAGCUGUGGAUGCUAAACGAUUUCGGUUACACAUUCAGCAGAAAGCAGCAAUUACGGUGUCUGACCUGGUCAGAUACCUGACGUCUACAAAUGUGGCUGGACCGUUGAGCUCCACGCACGCAAUCCUCCAGACGCUGAAUAUCAUCAUUGGACACAACCCAAAGGCAGCAUCACAGAUCACCUCCGUCGGUUCGAACUCUCAUUUCAGGAAGGAUCUCCAGGGGGCAGAAACACGGGAUCUUACUGCUGGAAUCACCGCUUGGCGGGGCUACUUGUUAAGUGUUCGAGCAGCGACCGGAAGGCUGCUUGUCAAUGUGCAGGUUAAACAUUCGCCAUUCUACAACGAAGGUCCUCUGCAAGGUCUCAUGCAAGCAUUCUUGAAAGCCAGCUCCCAAAACAGUCAUGGGCUCCACCAGUUCCUCAAGGGGGUCUGUGUUAACAUUACGCAUAUCGCUCGCAAAAAUAAAGCUGGCCAGCAGAUCCCCAGCACUAAAGUCAUUUUUGGUCUCGCGGUCCAAGGUGAUGGGAAAAAGCUGUUACACCCUCCAGUCGUGCGUAAAAACGGUGCUGGACCACAAGAGGUCGAAAUCUAUCUGGAGACGACGCCUACUACCUCCAUGAUACCACCACCAUCCUCUACUUCCGGGAAUACCCCCCGUCCCACACAGACAUCGGCGGCUGGGGUUUACAUUACUCUUUACGAUUUCUUCCUCCAAUACUACAAAAUGAAACUCGACCCGUCACUACCUGUUGUCAACGUGGGUAGUCAAGAACACCCAAUGCAUCUACCAGCGGAGGUAUGCCAAGUCAUCAAAGGCCAGCCGUACAAGAAGAACUUGUCUCCGCAGCAGACGCAACACAUGAUUCAAUUUGCAGUACGACCACCUCAACGGAACGAGCAGUCUAUCAGAAUGCAGGGCGCCCACAUGCUUAUGCUAAAUCAGAAUCUAAAUAGAUCUCACGCGGCAUUUAACUUAAGCGUCGAUCCAUCGUUGAUACGUGUGCCGGGACGCAUCCUAGCCCCACCAAAGAUCUGCUACCGUAAUGACCGUGAAGCAUCGCUACGGGAUAGCAAAUGGAACAUGCGGAAUGUGCAAUUCGUCGAGUCCCGACCACUUACCAGAUGGACUUGGCUUAUAAUCGCUACCAACGAUGAGGCUGGACCAUGGCAGUCUGAGGCAGCUUUCCAAGCAUCACGAGCAUUGAAGGAGUUCCACGCUAAGCUUGUCGAAAUGGGUAUCAGAUGCGCAGAGCCCAAGCAAGGCUUUCGUAUUACAGUCAACCCUCGCGACCUCAACAACGUUGAUGCGGAGGUUGGCGCUGUUCUCCAGAAAUUCCCCAUAUCACAGGCAGAGCUCGUGCUUGUGGUGCUGGUCACUGAAACUCCAUUGGUAUUUCGUCGCGUGAAAUACCUUUGCGACGUUAGAGAAGGGGUGAGCAAUGUUUGUGUGGUUGCCAAAAGGUUCGCUAAAGAGAGUAACCACCAAUAUUUUGCCAAUGUUGCUCUCAAGUUGAACCUCAAGCUUGGUGGCUGUAAUCACAAACUCGCGGGUCGCAACCAGACUGCGGUUGAAAAGAAGCAGAAGAAACUAGGGAUCAUCGAACUCGGCAACACGAUGGUCGUCGGACUCGACGUCACCCAUCCUUCUCCUGCUUCAUUGCCAACUGCUCCUAGCGUUGUCGGCAUUGUCGCAUCUAUUGACGGGCAUCUUGCACAAUGGCGGGCAGAGAUUGACAUUCAAGAGCGCAGAAAGGAAAUGGUGCUCGCCCUCGCAGAGCUCAUAGAAGGUCGACUACUGAAGUGGAAACAACACAACGAAGCCAAGCUUCCGCUCAACAUAAUCAUUUACAGGGAUGGUGUCUCGGAAGGCCAGUACCAACAAGUCCUGGAGGAUGAGUUGCCACGGAUCCAGUCGGCGUGCGAAAAGGUCUAUUCUGCCGUAAAGAUGGCUCCUCCGCGUUUGGCUAUCAUUAUCGUCGGGAAGAGACAUAAUACUCGAUUUUACGCGCCGAAUCCAGCAGCAGGAGGACAGGUCCAAAACCCAAAGUGCGGGACUGUGGUUGAUCGCGGCGUCACCGAAGCGCGUCACUGGGAUUUCUUUAUGCAGGCACACACACCUCUGCAGGGUACAGCGAGACCGGCUCAUUACUAUGUUGUCUACGAUGACAUAUUCCGAGGUUACCAGAAGCACCAAGAAAGCACAGCUGAUGGGAGCCCCUUCCGCAGCGCCGCCGAUGCUCUUGAGGAUCUGACGCACAGCAUGUCGUACACAUUUGGACGAGCCACCACCGCUGUGUCCAUUUGCCCGCCGGCUUACCAUGCGGACUUCGUCUGUGAUCGAGCCAGGCUUUACCUGAGCGAAUUCUUCGACCCUUCGUCAACUGGGAGCGUCUCGUCUGGCGGUAGGAUGCGUGCUCCGGAUUCAAGCAUGGUAAGACUGCAUGCCCGCACGGCCGAGACAAUGUUCUGGAUAUGA